AUGCGCCGCCUGCAGCCCCUCUUGUCCUCGAUCGCGGCUCGAUUCCCGGCCUGCUUCGCCGCUGCGGGUCCGGGCCGUCUCAUCGGCUUGCGCGCCCUGGCCACCGCGGCCCCGGCCAAGAAGAGCACGCCCCCGGCAUUCGAAUUCGAACCCCUCUUCCAGGCCGAUCCCUUCUCUGCCACCCCCUACAGGAAGCUGUUCGGGCCGGAGAGCGGGCUGAUCAGGACCGAGAAGGUCGCCGGACGCGAGAUCCUGCACGUCGAAGAUGAGGCCAUCGAGCGCCUCACCUUCGAGGCCAUGCGCGACAUUUCCCACCUCCUUCGGCCGGGCCACCUGGAGCAGCUGAACAGCAUCCUCAAGGACCCGGAGGCCUCCGACAACGACCGCUUUGUGGCCCUCGAGCUCCUCAAGAACGCCAACAUCGCUUCGGGCAUGAUCCUGCCCAGCUGCCAGGACACGGGCACGGCCAUCGUCAUGGCCAAGAAGGGCCAGUACGUGUGGACCUCGGGCGACGACGAGGCGGCCAUCUCCAAGGGCAUCUACCAGACCUACACCCAGACCAACCUCAGGUAUUCGCAAAUGGCGCCGAUCGACAUGUACAAGGAGGUCAACACGGGCACCAACCUGCCGGCGCAGAUCGACAUCUACGCGUCGGAGGGCAACGCCUACAAGUUCCACUUCAUCGCCAAGGGCGGCGGCUCCGCCAACAAGACCUACCUCUACCAGCAGACCAAGGCCCUCCUCAACCCCGACUCCCUCAUGAAGUUUGUCAACGAGAACAUCAGGUCGCUCGGAACUGCGGCUUGCCCGCCCUACCAUCUGGCGAUCGUCAUCGGAGGCACGUCGGCCGAGUCGACGCUCAAGACCGUCAAGCUGGCCAGCACCAAGUACCUCGACACCCUGCCCACCGAGGGGAACAAGCACGGCCGUGCCUUCAGGGACCUCGAGCUCGAGAAGAAGAUCCUCGAACUCGCCCAGAAGACCAGCAUUGGUGCGCAGUUCGGUGGCAAGUACUUCUGCCACGACGUGCGCGUGAUCCGCCUUCCGCGCCACGGCGCGUCGUGCCCUGUCGGCAUCGGAGUGUCGUGCUCCGCCGACCGACAGGCUGUGGGCAAGAUCACGCCCGAGGGCGUGUUCCUCGAGAAGCUGGAGACCAACCCGGCCAAGUACCUGCCGGAGAUCACCGAGGACAAGCUCUCCGACACCGUGGUCAACAUCGACCUCAACAAGCCCAUGAGCGAGAUUCAGGCGACGCUGUCCAAGUACCCGAUCAAGACGCGCCUGUCGCUUUCGGGCACGCUGGUGGUGGCGAGGGACAUCGCCCACGCCAAGCUCAAGGAGCGCCUGGACAACGGCCAGGGCCUGCCCCAGUACGUCAAGGACCACAUCAUCUACUACGCUGGUCCCGCCAAGACGCCGGAGGGUUAUGCGUCGGGCUCAUUCGGUCCCACCACUGCUGGUCGCAUGGACUCGUACGUGGACAUGUUCAUGAAGAACGGCGGCAGCUUGAUCACCCUGGCCAAGGGCAACCGAAGCAAGCAGGUCACCGAAGCGUGCAAGAAGUACGGCGGCUUCUACCUGGGCUCGAUCGGUGGUCCCGCCGCUCGUCUCGCGCAGGACUGCAUCAGGAAGGUGGAGGUGCUGGAGUACCCCGAGCUGGGCAUGGAGGCCGUGUGGCGCAUCGAAGUGGAGGACUUCCCGGCCUUUGUGAUCGUGGACGACAAGGGCGAGGACUUCUUCAAGAACCUCAGCCACUAA